AUGAGUGAGCAGUUCUUUCCAGCUUGGCCACGACCAUUCCCGGCUGCAGACCCCAAGCGGUCCAGGACAGUCCAACAAGACUUGCUGCGAAUGAACGCUGCAAAUUCGACUCGCAUUGCGCGGAGAGCCGUGCCCGCAGAAUACGCGACAAACGCUACAAGACUGCCCCAUAAACCAGUAUAUUCAUCCACUGUUUCCGUCUCGACAUCGAAACGCGCGUUUUCGUCGACACACGAGCAUGGUUUCAAAGCACCCUCACCCCUCGCGUCUUAUCCCCGAUGGUUGAACAGGACGAAACAGCCGAAAGCAGAUGCUGACGCUAGAGACACAUCCCAUGAUAGAUUAAAGGAGAUUAACGACUCGUCUGCUGCCGGCAACAAUCGAAUCGCCAUGAAAGAUUCACAAGACGAGCCGCCUGCGGGCUCUUCCGCUGGUUCAUCGUCUUCUGCACCCCCUUCCAGCAAUUCAGAUGAUUCUGACCCUCCAUCAUCACCUCCUCCAUCAUCCAAUGACGGAGGCGGCGCUGAGUCGUCAGCCAUAUCAAAACUUUCUGUACCGGAAGUGUACCCGCAAGUUCUCGCGCUGCCUAUUGCGCGGCGCCCUCUCUUCCCAGGCUUCUACAAAGCGGUCGUCGUACGGGAUCAGGCUGUCGUAGCGGCAAUGAAGGAUAUGCUUGCCCGAGGGCAGCCAUAUAUUGGCGCGUUUUUGCUCAAGUCGGGCGAGAGUGAUAGCGACGUCAUUACCGACAUUGACUCUGUGCAUAAAGUUGGGGUCUUUGCGCAAAUAACGAGCGUCUUUCCCGCAUCACCAACCAAGGACGACAAGGACGGCAGCCUCACUGUUGUUUUAUAUCCACAUAGACGUAUCAAGAUCACAGAUCUCAUCAAGUCAAAGGGAAAGGAUGGACCAUCGACCGUCAAGGUAGAGGAGGCAGAUGCUACUACGGCUCUGGAAUCUCCUGAAGCAACCUCCGCGCCAUUCUCCAUGCAAACGCAGUUCUUACACGACCACGACGUCUCACUUGUCAAUGUGGAAAAUCUCACCGCACACCCAUUCGACAAGAACAACCAUUACAUCAGAGCAGUAAUGUCGGAGAUUGUCUCCGUCUUCAAGGACAUUGCGCAGAUGAAUCCCCUGUUCCGCGACCAAAUCACGGCCUUUUCCGCAAGCCAGUUAGCGGCUAGCGUGUUUGAAGAGCCGGAGAAACUGGCAGACUUUGCUGCUGCGGUUUCUACCGGUGAGAUUGGGGAGCUUCAGGAUGUUUUGGAAAGUCUGGUCAUCGAGGACCGGCUUCAGAAGGCGUUGGUCGUCCUCAAGAAGGAGCUCAUCAAUGCCCAACUGCAGAGCAAGAUCUCGCGAGAUGUCGAUUCGAAAAUUGCGAAGAGGCAGCGUGAAUACUAUCUGAUGGAGCAAAUGAAGAUGAUAAAAAAGGAGCUUGGAAUGGAAUCUGACGGCAAAGACAAACUGAUCGAGAAGUUCAAGGAACGGGCUAAUGCUCUUCGUAUGCCGGAAGUGGCCAGAAAGGUCUUUGACGAAGAGCUCAACAAACUUGUGCAUCUCGAGCCAUCAGCCUCGGAGUUUAACGUCACUCGUAAUUAUCUCGACUGGCUAACUCAGAUACCGUGGGGCCAACAUUCGCCAGAGAACUUUUCGAUACAGCAUGCUAUCAAAGUGCUCAACGAAGAUCACUAUGGGCUCAAGGAUAUCAAGGAUCGAAUCCUUGAAUUCCUUGCUGUCGGCAAAUUACGCGGCACAGUCGAAGGCAAAAUCAUCUGCUUUGUCGGUCCACCAGGCGUCGGCAAGACGUCUAUCGGUAAAUCAAUCGCCCGUGCUCUCAACCGACAAUUCUUCCGCUUCUCGGUCGGUGGCUUGACGGAUGUAGCGGAGAUCAAAGGCCACCGACGGACAUAUGUUGGGGCUUUGCCGAGUAAAAUUAUCCAAGCUCUGAAACGCGUCGGCACAGAGAAUCCCCUCAUCAUGAUCGAUGAGGUCGACAAGAUUGGCCGUGGCCACAACGGCGACCCAGCGAGUGCGCUCCUAGAGAUGCUGGAUCCGGAACAAAACACAGCCUUUUUGGAUCACUACAUGGACGUCCCAAUCGACCUUUCCAGAGUCCUCUUCGUAUGCACUGCGAACAAUCUCGACACGAUUCCAGCUCCGCUUCUAGACCGUAUGGAGGUCAUGGAAGUCAGUGGUUACGUGUCCGAGGAAAAGCAAGUCAUCGCCGACAAGUAUCUGGCACCUCAAGCGAAGCAAUCAUCUGGUCUUCAAAAUGCCGAUGUGACGCUUGACAAUGAGGCCAUCGAUGUUCUGAUCAAAUAUUAUUGCCGCGAGAGUGGUGUCCGCAACCUGAAGAAGCACAUUGAAAAGAUCUACAGAAAGGCGGCACUCAAAAUUGUUCAAGACCUUGGCGAGGAUGUAUUUCCCGAAGACAAGGCCACGGAUAAACAAGCAGUCGCAGCCGCGGGAAAGUCAGACAAUAUGGAUGCUCCCGAGUCGACAGUCUCUUCAGUAACCCCAACCAACGACGGAGAAACCAGACCCGUAACGACGGUAGAGCGCAAGCCAUUGAACGUUCCAGAUACUGUCCACGUCAAGAUUACAGCGGAUAAUCUCAAGGAUUAUGUUGGACCACCCGUCUAUCACCGCGACCGCUUCUACACCGUUCCUCCACCACCAGGAGUGAGCACUGGACUGGGCUAUUUGGGCAAUGGCUCCGGCGCCGUCAUGCCCAUCGAAGCUACGAGCAUGCCAGGAAAGGGCGGCCUUCAGCUGACCGGAAAGCUCGGCGAGGUUAUCAGAGAGAGCGCCCAGAUUGCGCUGAGCUGGACAAAGUCACACGCUGUCGAACUUGGAAUCACUACGUCGUCAACCGAACCAGUGCUGAAUGAACGGGACAUUCAUGUCCACAUGCCAGAAGGAAGUAUCGGCAAGGAAGGUCCAUCAGCGGGGACGGCUCUGCUCACAGCCUUUGUGUCUCUAUUGACCAAGACGAAAGUCUCUCCAGACAUCGCUAUGACGGGUGAAAUUUCCUUGGUCGGCCAGGUACUUCCCGUCGGCGGUCUCAAGGAGAAGAUUUUGGCUGCACAUAGGGCGGGUAUCAAGAAAAUUCUCGCACCAGCGGCUAAUCAAGCCGAUAUCGAGGAGAAUGUUCCCGAGAGCGUCAAGACUGGUAUUGAAUUUAUCUAUGUGGACAAUGUUCGCCAAGUACUGCACGAGGUCUUUGGUGGGACGGAGGUUCAGGAGAAAUGGAAGACGUCAUUUCCUCUCGAGCCGUGA